CACUCCCUCUCUUUCUCUCUCUCUCUCUCUCUCUCUCUCUCUAAUCUCAUUUCCACUCCCUCUCUCUCUCUCUCUCUCUCUCUCUCUCUCUCUCUCCGACGCCAUUUUUAUCCUCUGCUUACACGGAAUCCUGUGGAAGAGAAACGAGGGCACGAAUUAGGGCGAAGCAAGAGGCAAUACGUGAGCAAUAUGACUUCUGCCUGCCCGUUUGCUAAAACAGCUACUGUUGGCGGUAGCUGCCCAGUGAAAAUUGAGAAAAAUCAACAUAAAGAUCAGAAGGAACAUGACGACAAAGUCGACGCAAAGAGCAAUGAUUCUGUUGUCUCACCAAAAUGCCCUUUUGGCUAUGACUCUCAUACAUUCAAAUUGGGUCCUCUAAGCUGCAUGAUCUGCCAGGCCUUGCUUUAUCAAAGUAGCAAGUGUUUGCCUUGCUCCCAUAAAUUUUGCAAAGCAUGCAUAUCGCGCUUUAAGGACUGUCCACUCUGUGGUGCUGAUAUAGAGAACAUUGAACCUGACACAGAUCUUCAAACCAUUGUUGAUCGCUUUAUUGAUGGUCAUGCUAGAAUCAAGAGGUCUCAAUUAAGUGAAGAUGCAAGAGAAGUAGGAGAUGGGCAGAAAAAAGUAAUAUAUGAGGAUGUCUCCAUGGAGAGGGGUGCUUUUUUGGUGCAACAAGCAAUGAGGGCUUUUCGUGCACAGAAUUUCGAAAGUGCAAAAUCAAGGCUUAGUCUUUGUGCGGAAGAUAUCAGGGAGCAACUAAAAGCAGCAGGAGAUUCCCAAGAGUUGUGUUCACAACUUGGCGCGGUCUUAGGAAUGCUGGGGGACUGCUGUCGAGCGAUGGGAGAUUCAAUUUCGGCAGUUAGUAACUAUGAAGAGAGUGCUGAGAUCCUUUCAAAGCUGCCUACAAAGGAUUUGGAGUUGGUGCACACUCUAUCUGUUUCGCUAAAUAAAAUUGGAGACCUUAGAUAUUAUGGGGGGGAUCUUGAAUCUGCGAGAAGUUAUUAUGCACGGUCGUUGGAUGUUCGUCGUAAUGCAGUGAAAGAGCACUCAAAUGUGCCUUCCCAGGUUGUUGAUCUGGCGAUUUCUCUAGCCAAAGUUGCAGAUGUGGAUCGGAAUCUCGGCAACGAGAAUGUGGCAGUAGAUCGGUUUGAGGAAGCGAUCAAAUGCUUAGAAUCUUUGAAGCUAGAUGCUGAUGAAACUGUUGUCGAACAACGGCGUAAAUCAGUACUGGACUUCCUACACAACCAACUAGCUGAAAACCAGAAGUCCGCUUCUGAUUCUUCUUCUGUGUGAGUGUAUCGCUUUCCAGUGCGCCUUCAACCGUGUAAAAUCAGUGGAUGAAUAACACGUAUGAAGCAUAUUAUUGGCCAUGCUUUUGCCGCAUGGUAAGCAGUGUAUGCGUGUGCAUUAGUACCCCACAAAUGUUGGUUUGCUUUAUUGUAUUUGGUCGUAUCUAUGUAAAUUUUGAGAAUAAUAUCAUGCAUAAAACAUAUCAGAGUAGUUUAGACAUAGUAUUUUGUAGUAUUGUUCUUCAGACGUUGCUUCCAUUUUAUUGUGAUGCCAUCUGGGGACGUUGCAACUGGUUUAAACAUGGAGAUUAAUCUACGGGUAGCCUUCAAGCU